AUGAAGUCUCCGCAUACGCACGGCGCCGGCGCGAUCGCAUUCGGCGUCCUCAGCUUCGGCUUGACCUUCCUCGGGGUGCCGUCGGCCGCUCCUGGCGCUGACUCCAACUCCACAAUACCCACGAGCAAAGCUGGUUACUGGGGAGAGCCGACCGCGGUGCACCAGUUUUGCGAGCCGAAGUACGCGUCGAGCCACUAUUUUGCCGAGUACUUCAACUCCCUCUCAUCGCUGGCGCCGACGGCUCCCGAAAGCUUGCCACCAUACCGUUGCCACAUCCGCGCCGGAAGGCUCUAG